GUGAGGCCAUUUGGGAAUUGCAGUCCCAGCCUGCUGUGUCCCUGUCAGAGAGUUUUUGCACUCAGACCCCCAAGUCCCUCUGGAGGCCAUCCCAGUGGGCACACGCUCGGGUAGCGCUCCAGCCCCGCGCUCCUUCCCUCUUUCAUUCCCAGCUGCCAAGACCUUGGAAGCUUUGAAACUCAGCAAAGAAGGGAUAUCCAUCCAGAGCGGUCUGUAAAGGUACUGUCCCACUAUACUUCUCAUAACAAUGCAAGGAAGUCUCCAAUUUUGGAUGUGAGGAAACUGAAGCCCAGGGAAGGCAAAUGGCUGGCCCAAAGCUGCACAGUUCACAUGGUGAGCAGAGGACCUGGAAUCCUGAUGCAGGUCUCUCAUGGUAUCCUAGGACAACCUGCUGACCUUAACUCCUCUACAAAAAAAUCUGUGCAUCCAGCCACUGAGAACUCCAAGGAAGCAGCAGUAGUCUAAAAGACCUCAAGUGUAAGGAAAUGUCAUUCAGAUUUGGCCAGCAUCUUAUCAAGCCCUCUGUGGUGUUUCUCAAAACGGAGCUGUCCUUUGCUUUUGUGAAUAGGAAACCGGUCGUACCAGGACAUGUUCUCGUGUGCCCACUGCGGCCAGUGGAGCGCUUCCAAGAUCUGCAUCCUGAUGAAGUGGCCGAUUUGUUUCAAGUGACCCAGAGAGUCGGGACAGUGGUGGAGAAGCAUUUCCAGGGGACCUCUCUGACUUUUUCCAUGCAGGAUGGCCCCGAAGCCGGACAGACUGUGAAGCACGUUCAUGUCCACGUUCUUCCCAGAAAAGCUGGAGACUUUCGCAGGAAUGACAGCAUCUAUGAAGAGCUCCAGAAACAUGACAAAGAGGGAGUGGACUCCCCAGCCUCCUGGAGAUCAGAGGAGGAAAUGGCGGCAGAAGCUGCAGCUCUGAGGAUCUACUUUCAAUGACAGGCAUGAAAGUAACUCAAACAAAUCCCAAGGCAUAAGGAAAUGGGCCUCGUUCUCUAGGACUCUGCGGCAUUGGAAAUGAAGCUAAGCAGACUUUAUUACAUCCUACGAUUCUGCAACCUUUUGCGAAGCAUUUUAUUGCACUUGUGGAAGCCACUGGGGUUAUGUUUCAAUCAUGAUGACUGACAGGCUGGCUUCAAAACAAUGGCAUCCACAACCUUGCCACGCAUUUCUCUUCACGCUAUGUACUUAGAAUAGAACGUUUCUAAAUUGUCCCUUAGCCUGGAUGAAAAUAAAAUGGUCCUUAAAAUAUU